GUAUUCUGAGCGUUUGAAAGAGGCUCGUAAUACAGGGAUGUUUAAGACGCUCAUCACCGCCAUUUUCACCGGUGUUUUCUUGUUCGUUGUGUUCGGAUCAAUGGGUUUCGUCUUCUGGUAUGGAACCACACUUGUGCUAACUGACGAAAUAACUCCCGGUACAGUGUUCGGAGUGUUUUGGGCCGUUCUUGGUGGUGCCAUUCGUCUGGGACAAGCGGCCCCGCAAAUCGGUGUGGUCAUUGCAGCCAGACUGGCUGCAGGCGAUAUAUUCGCUAUAAUUGAUCGGGUUUGGCUUAGUCGUUGU